UUAUUUCAGAUAAACACAAAAUAAAUUUUGUGUAAUAACGAAGUUAAAUAUGAAGUUUAUUGAAAAUGGCAUUGAGUGAUAGUAACGAGAAGCUGGAAAAUCUUUUUGUGAGAAUUGUAAAAAGGAUAGUAUUUUACGCACUUAUAUAUUUAAUUGGGUAUGUAAACUGGUCAUUGACAUGGGUGGUAAUACCUGCAUUACUCAUUACUCUUUCGGAAGAGUAUGCAAAUACAAAGAAUAAAAAAAGAACGUUUGCCAAAGAAGCAGCUUUGGGAAAGGAGAAGGAAAUUAUUCUUGAAAAUUGGGGGGAACUUCCCUCUUGGGUCGUGUUUCCGGAUGUAGAACGAGCAGAAUGGCUAAAUAAAGCAGUGAAGCAAUGUUGGCCCUUUAUAAAUUUUUAUGCUCGUGACCUCAUUAAAACAUACGUAGAAAAUAAGCUCAAGAAAAAUCUGGAGAAAUAUAGUCUGAAAGGAUUCCAUUUUGAGAGAAUCAUAUUGGGCAGUACGCCCUUAAGAACAGGUGGUAUUGUAGUAUAUGACAAUGUUUCUAGAGAAGAAAUAGUCAUCGAUGUUGAUGUGUCAUACGCUGGCGACUGUGAUAUUAAAUUUCGUCUCAGAGGACUUUUGGGCGGAAUUAAAAAUUUCCAGAUGUAUGGAAAAUUAAGAAUAGUGCUCAAACCUCUUAUUCGCCACUUUCCAUUGAUAGGUGGUGUGCAGCUGUUUUUCCUUAAUAAUCCCGAUAUAGAUUUCGAGUUAGACGGAAUCGCUGGUAUUCUAGAUGUACCAGGAAUAAACGAAUCCUUGAGAAAGUGUGUAUGCGCUACGGUUGCAUCGUUAAUGGUAUUACCAAACAAAUUUCCAAUUAAAUUUACUCCGGAAGUAAGCAGUGAACAACUGAAUACACCAAAUCCAGCGGGAGUGCUUAGAGUUCAUGUAAUUGAAGCAAAAGACCUGGUAAAGAAAGAUAUUACUUUUACCGGCAAAAGUAAAUCAGACCCGUAUGCCAUGCUAAUAGUAGGAGAACAAAGUUUCAAGACUGAGACUAUACAAUCCAACGUUAAUCCUAAAUGGGAUUAUUGGUGUGAGUUUGUCAUCCUGGAAUCUACUGGACAAGAACUUUUAAUAACAGUAUGGGAUGAAGAUGCCACAGAUGAUGAAUUUUUAGGAAGGGCAUCGGUGGACAUAGCCUAUUUAAUUAAAGCAGAAUUAAGCGAUACGUGGUUGGUUCUCGAAGACGUUAAACACGGAGAUAUUCAUAUUAGGACAAAUUGGUUAACACUGUCGAUGGAUUACUCCAAUCUCAAAGCUGCCUUAUAUGAAAGCCAGCAGUUGCAACUCUCCCAUAUGAGUUCGGCUCUCUUAAUCGUGUAUAUAGAUUCUGCAACAAAUUUAAAGCAAGUCAGGGCGUCAACAAAACCCGAUCCGUAUGUCCAGCUUCAAUUAGGUAGACAAAUUAAAACCACCAAUUCGGUGAUGAGAACAGUAAAUCCAGUGUGGGAAGAAAGUUUCAUAUUUAUGGUAACAAAUCCCGACUCGGAUUACCUUAAUUUAAAAAUAUUUGACGCAAAAACUGAUGCUGAACUUAGUGAACUUAGUUAUAAUAUUAGUAGUAUAUGCACCAAAGAGAAUUUGGAAGUAGAAAAAGAAGUUUUAAGGCUAGAAUAUGGAAAAAGUGAUCGUAAAUUGAUUUGGUCACUGCAUUUAAAGAUUUUCCACAACGCUAAUUUUCAAGAAUAUUUAGAAAAGCGACCUUCCUCAAGGGCUUCUUCAUCAAGCGCAGACACCAUAGAACAAGGAUCAGAUUCUGAUUCUGUUUCCAGUGAUAGUACAAAGUACACUAGUCGUAGUAGUCGUAGGCACACUAGACUUUCUCUGAGAUCGAGUAGUUCGAUAACUUCCAGGCUGUCACAAGAAUGUUAUGGUGAUAUAAAUUUAACCAUGAGAUACAGUUUGCAACGACAAAGACUUAUAGUAGUAGUUCACAGAGUAAGUAAUUUAUGUUUUGAGGAUCCUACAGAAGACAAGGAUAUUUAUGUUAAACUUUAUUUACUGCCAGAACGAUGCAAAGCAACGAAAAGGAAAACUAAGGUAAUGAAAGGAUGUAGAGAACCAGCUUUUGAUAAGAAGCUUGAAUUUUUAGUUUCUCAGGACGAAAUCAAUGAAAAAUAUUUGGAAGUAUCUGUAAUUGAAGAGAAAGUGAUUAAAAAUGAAAUUUUGGGUCAGGUAAUUAUUGAAUUAAAAGAUGUCAGUUUACCUCUUACAAAGAGCUUUGAAUUGGGACCAAGAGUAAAACAUGAUUAGAAUAUUUAUUUAUACACAUUAUUUAUUUAUUAAAUAAAGCUAUUUGUUAC